UGCAAUCAAAGUUCUAGCAGGCUAGUUUCAGCCUUUCAGAGCCAGGUUUUUGGGCACUUGAGAAAUGUUGAUUGGGCUAGCUUGAGUUUAGUGCUGAUUUGCCAACACAAAAAUGUCAAAGGCUGUAGUGCUGCACCUGGUGGGCCAAAAGGGAAAUAG